AGUUCCUGUCGGAGCCGCCCGGUGACUGGGGAGCGAUACUGAGGAGAGGCUGAGCGGCCGGGGACGGGGAGGGGGAAAAUCGAUCUGAUUCGGCUCGGGUCGGGUACCGCGCUCCCUUCACCAUGGCCAAGACAUUGAGAUGCUGCCGGGAGGGGCACUCCAAAGAGAAAAUGAAGGACGACAAUGUGCUGACGGUAACUUCGGUGGAGCAGGAGACAGUAGAACGGAAUGUGGAAGAGGCAUAUGAUGCCUUCAGAGCUGAUCAGAGCCUGAUACAGCCUGUCCUUCAAAGGGAGAAACAUUUCCAGUACUUGAAGAAAGGUCUGAGGCACCUCUCGGAGUCAUAUGCGUGUUUGGAUGCCAGUCGGCCCUGGCUUUGUUACUGGAUCUUGCACAGCUUGGAGCUGCUGGGUGAGCCAAUUGAUGACUGCAUGGCUUCCGACAUUUGUCAAUUCUUGACGCGAUGUCAAAGUCCAAAUGGUGGAUUUGGUGGUGGACCAGGCCAAGAGCCACAUCUUGCUCCAACAUAUGCAGCAGUGAAUGCGCUCUGUAUUUUAGGCACGGAAGAGGCAUAUAAUGUUAUUAACAGGGAAAAGUUGCUAGAAUUUCUAUACUCUGUGAAGCAGCCUAAUGGUUCCUUCACUAUGCAUGUGAGCGGAGAAGUUGAUGUCAGGAGUACCUACUGUGCGGCAUCUGUUGCGUCCUUAACAAACAUUAUCACACCAACACUGUUUGAAGGGACACCAGAGUGGGUGUUAAGAUGUCAGAACUGGGAGGGUGGGAUUGGUGGUGUACCUGGAAUGGAAGCCCAUGGUGGCUACAGUUUCUGUGGUAUGGCUGCCAUGGUCAUCCUUAAAAAGGAAUGGAUGCUGGACCUCAAAGCUUUGUUACGCUGGGUGACAAGUCGGCAAAUGCGGUUUGAGGGUGGAUUUCAAGGUCGGUGCAACAAGUUGGUGGAUGGCUGUUACUCAUUUUGGCAAGCUGGACUCUUACCUCUUCUGCACCGUGCACUACAUGCAGACGGGAAAGAUUCUCUCAGUAUGAUGCACUGGAUGUUCCAUCAAGAAGCACUACAAGAGUACAUCCUACUCUGCUGUCAGAAUUCUACUGGAGGACUGCUUGACAAACCUGGAAAGUCAAGGGAUUUUUACCAUACCUGCUAUUGUCUAAGUGGGCUUUCAGUGGCACAGCAUUUCGGUGGUGGAGAACUUCUGCACGAAGUUAUUGUGGGUGACGUAAACAACCGACUGGAACCAAUCCAUCCUGUAUAUAACAUUGGUCCUGAGAAAGUAGCACAAGCUGUUAUGCAUUUCCUCAAGCUGCCAGUUCCACAGAUGAAGAAUAAUUCAAAUUAAAUUCAUUAUGCAUUUAAAAUAAUUAAAUUUCCAAGUACUAAUUGUGUAACCUGAGUGCAGAGAAUUGUGGUUUACAAAGUAAAAUGAUUCAACAUGAAGCAGGAACCAGUAUCAAGUUAUUUACUUCUUACGACAGCAAAAAAACAAAAGCCAUCGGCACUGCCUAUACAGUGGCUGAAUAGUCCAGUCUAUGUUCAGCAACUUGCUCCUGAAUGCUGCAGAAGCUGAGACUGGUACCUGUAAGUGUUCUUAGUUUCAUGACUGAAUCUCCGACAAGUGAACAGGAUUGGUGCAAAUAGAGCACUAUGCUUUUUACUGGCUUCAGAAGUAAUUUAUCACGGUUGCAAUAAAAGUAAUCUUUUCAAGCAUUCCAUUUUGUCUGGAUUAAUUUUCAGCGUUUCAGAACAGUUCUUUGCGCUUUCCUUUUUCUAAAGGAUGGUGUUGCACACUGAAUAACUCAAACUGUAGAAUGACUUAAGUCGGACAGUUUGCUUAUGUUUUGUCAACCACAACAUCAUUUUAAAAAAUGGGUUUAAUUGAGAAAAUUAUCAGUCGUAGGACCUUUAUCAUAUGUGAAAAUCAUGUUGGGGAAGGCAAAGUAAUCUAUAGUAACUUUUUAUAAACUUUGUCUUUAUUUUAUGCUGAAAGGGGCCCUCGGCACUGUUUAAUGACAAAGACGUGCAUGACUAUUUGCGGUUCAAAGAUUAGAUAUAUAGUCUUAUUGAAUGCACAGUUGUGUCACCUAGCACUGUUCACACCACUCUGCGCGCACACAUUGCAAAACAUAGAAGAUCCAAACGUUUCUGAGAAUUGCAAAUGGCGGUCCAAGUUUCAAAGUAACUGUGUUUACUGGAACUUGAACGACUCAGUCAGUCAGGUAUACAAACCAUUCCAAUUAUGGCCAGGUCAUGAUUCGAAUCAUUUCUGUAUGCAUGUAGCAUGCUCUGUUGUCCUAUGGAAAGAUCUUGCAUUGCAAGGAUAAUGUUUUUCUAAUUACAGUUGACAGUGUUUGUACACGUGACUGAAAUUGCCUCUCUUCACAAUAGAUUAGUUGUGAAGUCACGGUAACAGAUAAGUGCCUAACCUUCACUUGGUGCCUCCUCACUACAUUUUGUCUGUGAUUCCGAUCCUACUGCACCCACAGUAGACGGGUGUACCAACUGCUGCGCUAAAACUUAUCCUCUUGGCUUCUUCAGUUAACUUAUUCUCAACAGUUUAAUUGCAGGUAUAAAUAUUGAACUUUGUAUUUAGCUAUGGCCAUAAUGAUGAUUUUAUCCCCAUUACGUUAGUUCGUUUUAAAAAUGUGUAAGUGCUCUCUGAAUUCUAUCUGAAAAUUAUGACAAAUACAUUGCCAUGUUUGGUUUGCUUGCCAUCGAAAUUGAGCUUCCUCCAGGUUGUAAACAGUUAUUAACAUGUUCCAUGUGUGUUUUUUUACAAAGAAAAGUGGUCAAAAUUGACACUGUUAUAACAUGACAAGUGAAGGUGCAAAUGGAUUUAUUUAAAUGGAAGCAUUUGCCAGGACAUUGUGACCUUGACUGCCUUUUAUCCAAACUCGUGUGAAGUUGUGUGUUACAGCACAAAGCUGUACAAUUUUUAUACCUUUUUGACUGUUUAAAAAUAAAAUAAAGUAAAAUA